CGGAACGUCGCGAUUCGCGUCCGGUAGUGUAUGGUGUUUUUUACCAAUGCUCAAUAUUCUGUGUAGUUCACCGGGUCGAAGCGCGUGUGUGUAAAAGUGCUGUUAUUGCCUCACAAAGUAGUACCAAAAUCGGUUGAAAAAGUUGAGUGUUGUUUUGAUUUGGUUUCGGUAUCGAUCGCUUGGCUCAAGGUUUGCAGUUUUCACAGUGCAAGAUAGAUGCAUGAGGCAGAAUAGCUGAACGCGCAAACAUGAUAAGCGCAAUAGUUUCCCGUUUGGUGAUACUGCUCUUUGGGACGCUCUAUCCGGCGUACGCCUCCUACAAGGCGGUGCGUACCAAGAACGUCAAGGAGUAUGUAAAAUGGAUGAUGUACUGGAUCGUGUUUGCGUUCUUCACCUGCAUCGAGACGUUCACCGACAUCCUGCUGUCUUGGUUUCCGUUCUACUAUGAAAUCAAGGUGAUCAUCGUACUGUGGCUGCUCUCUCCGGCGACCCGCGGCAGUUCGACGCUCUAUCGCAAGUUCGUUCACCCGAUGUUGACCCGUCGUGAACAGGAAAUCGACGAUUACAUCAAUCAGGCCAAAGAGAAGGGUUACACUGCUGUACUGCAGCUGGGUUCGAAGGGUGUCAACUAUGCGACGAAUGUCAUCAUGCAAACGGCCAUCAAGGCUUUCGGCACUAAAUCUGACACCCCACUGGGAAGCAUGAUGCGCGUGAGCCAAUCCGACAAUUCGCUGCUACUGACAGCUGCAGCGGCCGCGGCCGUGGCCACCAGUGGUUACGGUGGAGGUGCUAUCAACACCGGUGGUACACGAGCCACCAACAACGUGCAUGAUUCUGCAACCUCCGGGGAAGAUGAGCGCGAUACGUCGUACCAACCCGCUGCAUCGUCAUCAAUCGCUAGUGGUCGAGUUCGUCGUUCCCAGUCGGUGGAUUCUGCUCUCAACAAACCCGCCCAACGUAACCCAGCAUCAACCCGAGCGUCCGCUGGUCGGAGUGUGACUCGGGCUGCUGCUGCCGCCGCUACCCAGUACUCCCACGGUGUCAUUUACGAGAUGGACAGUGAGGAAGAGGAGCAGCACUUCCUGGAGACGGAAACGGACAUUGCACUCGGUGAAAUAACGGGCCACAAGUACGCCACCCUCCCGGGACGAGGUCGCAGCCGUGCCACAACGCUCACCAGUCCAAGUGGUGAAGAAUCCGAUGGGACAGAAAGCAUCAGCUCAAAAGGGCAAGGUCGUUCGGUGGUCACCGGCAAGGUUGCCAAACGGAAACCUAGCUCGACACUCCAACAGGACACGGAACUAGUGAAGAAAACUUCUCGAAGUGUUAGUACCAAGGGAGCCACUACGGCUUCCUCUACGACGGGGGCAGCUCGGGGUCGCAAGAAGGUUCGCAAGGAAUCAGACAGCAUCGACAUGGACGUGGAGUAAGCGAGCGUAUAGUUCGCACGCUUGCCUAUUUUCUUUCAUCCCAAAUAGACACAUGGCGGCAGGGAUUUACUCUUAGUCAGGAAACUCUCCAGCAGGGCUUAGUUUUAAAUUGAAAGACUCAUUGAAACCAUUUCAGUCACAUGUUAUUUGCUUGGCCUAGGGUUAGAAAAUAAUCAUUUAAAUGAAACACAAUAGACUUAUUCGCGUGUAGUAAAAGGCCACGGGAACUGAUUUUCUAGAAUAAUGGUCGUUUUCUGUAAACUAAUACGUUCUUUAAACGCUUAAAUUUAGUCGAAUGCAAUUGACGUGGAGAAGUAACUAAUUACGAAGAAGUUGCUCCUCUAUUUGCUUAUUUUUUGAAUUAAAUUUAACAGAACGAUUAA